AUGGUCAGAGACUGCAGGCCUGCUACAGGAGAUGGUCAGAGACUGCAGACAUGGUAAAGGAGAUGGUCAGAGACUGCAGGCCUGCUACAGGAGAUGGUCAGAGACUGCAGACAUGGUAAAGGAGAUGGUCAGAGAAUACAGACAUGCUACAGAUGAUGGUCAGGGACUGCAUGCCUUCUACAGAAGAGAGUCAGAGACUGCAGGAAUGCUACCGGAGAUGACCAGAGACUGCAGACAUGGUAAAGGAAAUGGUCAGAGACUACAGACAUGGUAAAGGAGAUGGUCAGAUACUAUAGACAUGCUACAAAUGAUGGU